ACUGCGCACGCUCCCGCGAGGCAGGGCGCAUGCCCAGUCACGUUCCGCGCCGGGGCCGCUCGUUGCUAUGGCGCCGCCGGGGCGCUCUCCGAGGCCUAGUCCCCUGGCGAGGGUUUCUCGCUGCGUCUCGUUCAGCGCCUGCCACCGGCUGCACAGCUCUUCCACUGAACAAAGGGGACUGCAGUUUGCAAAAGCUUUUCCGCUUUUCCUAGUGGAAGUGACUGUCCGUGGAGAAAUCGAUCCUACUACGGGGAUGGUGAUCAACCUCACUGACCUGAAAGACUACAUGGAGGAAGCCAUCAUGGAACCUCUCGACCACAAGAACCUGGACAAGGACGUCCCCUACUUUGCUGAUGUCGUAAGUACUACGGAGAAUGUUGCCGUGUUCAUCUGGGAAAACCUGCACAAACGCCUUCCUGAAGGAACUCUUUACAAAGUCAAGGUUUACGAAACAGACAAGAACAUUGUGGUUUAUAAAGGAGAGGCGUCUGUUCCGGGAAAAUGAGAUUUGAGUUGUUUGAUGCCUUUGAUCGAGAAUGAAAAGAAAACAAAAGAACCAGUCAGUCAUUCAGUGGAUUUGGAAUAUAUCUGACUUCCAUAGCCAUCAAAUGUGUAGGAACACCUAUCUCCAAUAGAUAAUUAAAGAGAAUAGCACAGGUUCAUUUAAGCAAGAAGUGGAUAUGUUGUAUUAUUCAUGAGGAGCUGCGGGUCUCCUCUUGAAUCUGAGCCAAUAGAUUCUGAACCAAAGAAUUCCCAUUUUUGAGACAUUGGGAAAGGUGCAGGUUCUGUGCCCCAUCAUGUCUCUUUCUGCUUUGAUGGCCCAAGAGAAGAUUAAUAACCUUGAGUACACCUUUUACUUGCUCUGAAAAAUCAAGAUUACAUCCUGUACCUGCUUUCCAGGUUCUCAGACAAACCCCAUCCUCUUUUACCUGUCUUUUCAGCCUGAGAUUGAAUCUGAAGGUGAUGGUGACUAUGAUGAUUGUGAUAGUUCUGUGAUGUUUCCACUGUGGUGUUAGAACUGGUCUAGCUCACACUGAGCCAUGAAACUCACUGGACAAUGUUGGGCCAGCCACAUACUGCCUCAGUGUGACCUUCUUCAUAGGCCU